AUGGGGUCUAUUGCUGAGUGGUUAAAGGGAUUCAUGGCCAAAAUCAAGACUUUGUUCCGUCGGAACAAAUCAGAGCCGGGCCCCGCACCUUCUACAGUCGUUAUCAGCGAGAUGCAUCCUUCCGCUAAAUCUUCAGAUGGUAUCAAGGGCAUUACGAAACCAAAGGCCACUGAAAUCGUCAAACCGACAGCAACAGAGAAAAAAGCUGAAGGAGUUGAUGAAGGCUCCCCACUAAUGACAAGGACGAGAACCGCGGGCGAAGAGACUCACCUAAAGAAUCCGAAAACGGAACCAGAACCCUCACCACGUGAGCCAGGUGUGAUAGAAACACCCGAGAUACCAUCCUCUGCGCCUUCGUUUAACCAGCCCAAAUACACAUUUCAAGGCACAAAUGAGGGCAUCAGACGCUUGGAAGAAGGCCAUGUGACGAUGAGCAAUAAUCAUAUACCAUUUCCAGAAAAUUUGAGACCAGUUGAGGAUUCUGACCCUCACUUACCCAAUACCCCUGAGUACUUUGCUCAAGUUCAAAAGCAUUUAGAUUCGGAGUCUGGCUUCUCUAUGAACGGUAUACAUUUUAUGGGGUAUAGAGAUCGACAUCCCGAUGUACAACCUAAAUUGUUUCGACGGAUUUAA